GGGCCGCGCGGCGGGACUGCAGUGCCACCGCUCCGGAGAAAGCCCACACGCUCACAGGCCCGCGCGCGCACGCACGUGCACACCGCGGGCAGCGAGAACACGAGCGAGAACCCUUGAGUGUUGAACGCGUUAUAGUCAUGGCUUCUGUCCUCAACAGCAAAAUUCACGCGUCCGGGACUUCCCAGGGCUCCAAAGCUGAUGCCCGCGGUGGCGCCGACUGGAGAAUGGACUGGGAUCCCGACAUGCACGUGAAAAUGUGCAAGAAGAUCGCCCAGCUCACCAAGGUGAUUUACGCCCUCAACAUGCGCCAGGAUGAGGCGGAGGCCAGCAUGGAGGCGCUGCGCGAGGCCCACCAGGAGGAACUGCAGAGUGCCGUGGCAGAGACCAAGGCCAGGCUCCUGCAGGAACAGGGCCAUGCAGAGGAGGAGGCCCUGCUCCAGCGCAUCGAGGCCCUGGAGAGCGCGCUGGAACUGCAGAAGAGGCUGACGCAGGAGGCGCUGGCGCAGUCGGCCACGUGCAGGCUGGAGACCAAAGAAAGGGAGCUGAGGGUGGAGGCUGAGCACGCCGAGCGGGUCCUCAGCCUCUCCAAGGAGAUGCUGGAGCUCAAGGCUGACUACGAGAAGAGGCUCAGGCACCUGACAAGCCGCGAGGCGCCCCAGUGGGGCCGGCUUUCCCAGGAGGGCCCAGACCCUAAGGGAGAGCCAGGCCAUGGCCACGAGAUGCGGGAGGUACUGCUGGAGGUAGAGCGGCUGCGCGUGGAAAACCAGCAGCUGAGCAAGGACUAUGCCCGGAAGGCAGAGGAGCUGCAGGCCACCUACGAGCGGGACACCGAGGCCAUCCGACAGGCCAUGCAGCAGUCGGUGAGCGAGGCCCUGUGGCAGUGGCAGGAGAAGGAGACGGACCUCCGCAAGAACUUCCAGGUCCAGGAGUCGGCCCUGCAGGCCCAGGUCAGGAAGCUGGAAGGGGAUCUGGAGCACAGAGGCCGCAAGAUAAGUGACCUGAAGAAGUACGCCCAGAAGCUAAAGGAGAGGACACAGGACCUGGAUGUGCAGCUCAAGGAGGCUCGGCAGGAGAACUCAGAGCUGAAAACCACUGCAAAAAAACUUGGGGAGAAGCUAGCUGUUGCCAAAGACAGGCUAAUGCUGCAGGAUUGUCACGUGACACAGAAAAGCGAUGACAUGAAGACGGAGCUAGUUUCAGAGAAGGAAGUCCUAGGAAAGGCGAAUGACCUGGAAGGCUGCAGUCUCCAUCCUCAGCAGGAGCCAGACUUCCCCAAGGACUGUCCGUGCACCAAAGGAGGCCCAGAAGCACAGACCAAGAAAGAGGCAAGUAUUGAGACGGAAUAUAUGAAGCAACAAUAUGAAGAAGACCUUCGCAAAAUCAAACAUCAGACAGAAGAGGAGAAGAAACAUCUCAAAGACCAGCUAGUGAAGCGACUGGAAGACUUAGUGAAGAAGCACACGCUAGAAAUCAAGUCUGUUCGCUUGUCGGUGGAGGCCGAGAGGAGGAAGCUGCAGAAGGAAGUAGAAACACAGUUGGAGGAAGUGAAGAAGAAGUCAGAAAAUGAAAUCAAGCAGCUGGAAGAAGAGAAAGCAGCCCUAAAUGUGAAGCUCCAGAAUUCCCUGCUUGAGGUUUUGAGACUGGAAGAAUUUAUCCAACAGAAUAAGGUAUGUCCCGGAAAAGGCAAAGAAGGAACUGGAAGGCCCCAGGAACUGGAUUGCCAACAGCACAGCAUUUUAAAGACCCAGGAUCCAUGCUUGAAGCUGAAUAAACCUCAGAGCCUGCCCAAAGGAGAAGAGUAUCACGAUAAGUUAGCAGCUGAAGAAGGAACCAGCAGUGACGAAGAAGAAAGGAUUGAAGUGCCCCUUAAGGAGGGAAGUGACCUGCAACCCCCACUGCACUUUUUGCUGAAGGAGAAGGCGCCAGAAAUCCAGCGUCUACAGGAAGAGUGGCAAAGCCAGAAGGCUAGAUUGCAGGCCCAGGUCUCCCAGAUGCAGCAGGCUCUGGAGCAGUGCGCCAGCACCUACAGGGAGGACCUGCAGGAGCUCAAGCAACUCUCCGACCACGAAAGGGAGAAGCUGCAGCAUGAGCUCCAGGAGACCAUUCAGCAGAACCAGGCCAUGAAAGCCCAGCUGGAGGCCUCCCACCAGCGAGCCCUGCGCACGCUUGAGAAGGCCAAAAAUCAAGAACUCAAGGCCACAGAGGAGCGCUUGAAGAAGGAAUCCAGCCACAGCCUCCAGAUCCAGCACCAGGCACACCGAUUGGAGCUCCAGGCCUUGGAAGAAAAGGCCCAGCAGAAGCUUCAAGGGGAGCUGGAGAGGAUGCAGACUCAACAGGCUCUACUGUUAGAGUCCCUCAAGCAGGAGCUGUCAGAGCAGCGGGCCGCCUGCUCUGAGCACCAGAAGGACCUGGAGGCGCUGCAGGCUGAGCUGAGGUCUCUGGGCAGCUUGGGCAGGCGACAGGCAAUCGCCCAGUGUCCAGGGGACAGCGAGGACCACACCAUCCCUGCCGAGGACGGGGACGGCCUGGGCCAGGCCCGCUCUCCGGAGAGCGCCGCCGAGCCGGGUCCGAGCGAGGCGUGCGCCCUCUGGGAGGAGAACUCGCGGCUCAAGGACGCGGUGCAGCGGCUGCGGGCCGAGGUGGAGCAGCACCAGCAGGAGGCGCUGCAGCUCCGCGACCAGCGCAGGCUGCUAGAGGAGGAUCAGCAAGCCCAGCGGGCCCGGGAGGUGGAGAAGCUACGCCAGGAACACCGGAAGGAGAUGCAGGCCAUGGUGGCAGAUUUCAGCAGCGCUCAAGCUCGGCUCCAGGCCCGGCUGGCUACCCUGGAAACUGAACUGAAAGAUUCCGGAGAGAAGACAGGGAAGGGGGCGUCCAGGCCAGAGGACGUUCAGCUCAUAGGCCGUCUGCAGACCCGCCUGAAGGAGAGAGAGGAGAUCAUCAAGCAGCUCAUGGAGGAGAGAAGAUUUCACUAUGCAGCCUUCCCCAGUGCCAUGUCCCACCGGAAUAGGUCCUUCUCUUUCAAUCCUCACCCAGGAUAUUUGACCCCUUCCAUGAAGAAAAAGAAGAUGGAGGAAGUGCCCAGCCGAGUGGUCAGUGUGCCAAACCUUGCCUCCUAUGCAAAGAACUUUCUGAGUGGUGAUCUGAGCUCCAGGAUUAAUGCUCCUCCAAUAACUAAAUCACCCAGCUUGGACCCAAACCCUGGCUCUGGUCAGCCUUACAAACCUCCCCAGUCUCUAGAUGCGAAAACUGCCACAAGGACACAAGAUGGUGAAACAGCCCAACCCAAAGAAGUCCAGCAGAAACAGAGCUCUGCCCACCAGGAAUGGUUUACCAAGUAUUUUUCUUUCUGAACUGGUUCUUGGGAUCCAUCAGAAAGAGGACAUUUGAGAAACAUUUCUUUUAAAGCAUCUGAUUGAAGGAAUGAACUAAACAACCAACCAACCAAAUAACUUGCUUGUGAUAUGGUUUAUAUAUAUCGGCCAAAACAAAUUUUGGCCUUAACAUUUCAUACUAUUUCAUUGUGACACCAGUGCUUAAAAAAAAUUCUUGCCAUUAAGGUAAGCCCCCUGCCCCAACAUGUGUUAUCAAAAGGCACCCUAGGAAAAUAUUAAUGUUGCUGAUAACAUUCACAUUGUAUUUCUAGUACCCAGAAGGUUUCAUUCCACUUUAUGGAGUAUCAGGCUUUGUGAUUUCCAUGGUCUGCUCUAAAAGUGGUUUCAUUUUUCCUUAGAAUGCUCGUCAUCUCCACUUAAAAAGUAUUUCUAUGUAAAUGACACAAUUCCAAAAUGCACAUUCAACCUCAGUAGGAAGAAGAAUAAAAGUUCAAGAUACUCAUGAAAGCCAAUUAAAAAAACAAAAUGAGGCAAAACUAGGAGUGGACUAUAUAGCCAGCCUUGGCAUACCUGGAUUGAAUGCUUUGACUUCAUAGCUCCAGGACAAGAAGACUACAUGUAGACUACAGAGGGAAUAACACCUACCUCAAAAGGGGCUUUACAAGAAUUAAGCAAAAUAUUAUGGGGAAUGAUACCAAUCAUGAAUUGGAAUUAACCACUGCCAGAAUUUUUCCGUAAAUAACUGAGCCUUGCCCCGUCACACAUCUCAGUUUCAAUGACUGUAGUUCCAAUCUGGUCACUUGUCAAGGUUUCUAGAGUAUUCUAUGAAGUCAAAGAUCUACUGAACUUGUGGUCUUUGGGCUUGGGCCCUUUGCCUCAUGGUGCAUUGCUUCUCCAUUGCAUGGAUGCUCAGUACAUUAAAGGGACUCAGGACUGGCCAUUCACGGUGCUGACCUGUCAGUCCACACUGAAUGGUCUGACCUUCUGACAGAGAAGUGCGAUUUGACAAGACUCAAUCCAUUUGGGCAAAAUAUGUUCUCAGUCCUUUGGUGCUGGCCACAGGUGGCCAUAAACAGUUGUUUAUUCUAUGCACUGUCAAACCUUUGCUCUUUGAAUAAAACUUCAAACAACU